CUUUGUCCUAGUUCUGAAAAACAAGUGGGGUAUAAAUAGGACGGGGACGAGGUGUGUGUUUAUUGAUCUCAGACAACUGGAGAACAAAUCUGCACCGCCUGAAGACUCGAGGGGAAAAACACGACACACUGAGUGUGUGUUGGUAAAGAGGAGAGAUGUGGAGGUCUCUCUGUCUCACCCUGCUGGCCGGCCUGCUGGUGGGCUGCAGGGGUGAGAGUGAGACGGAUGGGACGAGAUGUAAACCCGCGGCCGUGUGGAAGAUCGGCGACGUGGAGCCGCUGAGGGACAGCCGGGGCCGAGUGACCGUGGUGGCCUACCUACAGGCCAGCUGAUUGUUCUGUCUGUCGCAGGCGACCAGACUGGACGAGCUGCGCCAGAAGCUGGAGAAUGCAGGCUUGGUAAACAUUGUGUACAUGGUGGUGAACAGCCAGGAUGAAACCUCUCGCCGUCUUCAUGGUCUAAUGGAGACCAGGCUCUCGAGUAACAUCGCUCUGUACAAACAGAACCCAGAGGAUCCUGACGUGUGGAGCAUCGCCAACGCUGAGAAGGACGACUUCCAGAUCUAUGACAGGUGUGGACGUCUGACACAUCACCUGUCUCUGCCGUAUACGAUCCUGAGCCAGCCGCAUGUGGAGGAGGCCAUCAGAAACACCUACUGCACCGGCAUGUGUGGAGACUGUGUGCUGGAGAGUGCUGAUCACCUUGAGGCAUGUAACAGAACCACAGAGGAGAAAAAGGAGGAGGAAACACCAAAAACAGAAGAUCAACAACAUCAUCAUCAUCAUCACCAUGGCCAUCAUGGAGGUCAUCACCAUGGUGGUCAUCAUCAUCACCAUCAUCAUCACCAUCAUCCCCAUGAUGGUGUAGAGAGAGAUAAUCUUGGUGGCUCAGUUUACCAGCAUGGCCAAGAGGGCCAGGUCCAAAGAGGCUAUUUAGAUCAGGGCCAGGUUCAGAGGAGGCAGUUUGAUUUGGGACAGGUCCAUAUGGGGCAGGUAGAUUUGGGACAGGUUGGUAUUGGACAGCUAGACCUAAAGCAUUUAGCUGAUGCUGUAGGGAACCAGCAGGUGAUGCAGCGUCCCUGAGUUUCCAGGUGUAAAUUCCCAUUUAUGUGUCAGCAGGGGGAGCUCUCCGACCCCUCCAGCUGAUGCUGACACUGACGGCGUCUGAUUGGCCAAAACAUUAACGAGAGGCCAAUCUGACGCUGUGAUGAGCCACUGGCUGCUCCCUGUCUCUGACAGGGGCCCACAGUGGACACAAACGACAUCAGGGAAACCUGACAGUGACGUCCCGCCCAUAUGGGUGACUGACAGUCAACUCAGCCUAUCUGAGCCUGACCUGCAGGGAUAAGCCAAUGAGAAUGACAGGUGAUAUAAACAGGGACAAGAACUUGUCCAAUGACACACUGGCAACUUUAGGAGCAUAAGAUCAGCAGCGCCCCCUUUGGGACAAAUCUGACCAAUCAGAGAGCAAAAUUACAUCCAAUAUAUCAGUGUUAAUAGACUGUUGCUGUUGUUUGGUAUAAGGAUAUAGUUUAAUACAUCAGUUAGCUUACAAGAUAAUUGAACUAUGUAGAAACUAGCAGAUUAAUAGCAGAUUGUAGCUAAUUAACUCUCAACUGUCCCACAGUUUGGGUCAUUAGCGAAAGAAAAAAGCAACUUAAGCUAACAUGAAAAGGUUGCCAGUGUAUCAAGGUAUCACCUGCACCCUGACAGGAAAUCACCAACAAGUAUUGACGCCUCAGUUUGCCCCAGGAAUGAACCACCAUCCUCGUGCUAAUUGGGCUCCACUCUUCAUCUUCAUCAAUUAUUAAAGUUUAAUCUUCCACAAAAAAAAACAGGCUAAUGCUUGAGAAGCUGGUAAUUAACAGCAAAUAACAACUAGCAAAAAGCUAAGUGUCAAUGUUUAUACCGCAAGGUAUUAUACAACAUGCUAAGACUUUAGCUAGCGGAUGUGUGACAUCACACACAUGAAAAAGCCAAUAAAUAAGGAAACUUCUAUACUCUUUAAACAGGGUGGUGGUUCAUGCUGGCAGCAAUCUGAGCGACCAUGUUGGCGUGGUUCUUAAUUUGCUUAUCUCUCCGUGGCAUUAAUGAUGCCAGGCGCAGAAACUAUGCCGUAGUGGCGCCUGUCUGAUCCUCAGCCAACCAGAGAGAACGAGAAACGUCGCACAACAUGACAAACUUUAUAUGUAAUAGUAGAUUUAGGAAUCAGUAUUAGCAUCAUGCUAACCCCUUCACCCACCCCCCCGUCUCUGUUAGCAUGCAAGAAAGAACUGGAGGAAAAGACCACAGACGGGACAUCUACCACUAGGGGGAGUCGAAAGGAGCUAGAAUCAACAGUUCUUUAUUGAAAAAAAUAUUUGGUGGCAAAACACAAGCGUGAAAAUUUAGUAUAAAAUGACAUUUAAAUGUCUAAACUAGCUAGAUGCUGGCAAUUAGCAAAGGGACGGAAAAGGUAGAAGGUUUCCUUAGUGCUAAUUAACGUAAUACAGAAACAUACGCUUAAUGAAAAUAUCUGUAGUAUCAGCAACACAUAUGGACACACACACACACACACACACACAGUUAGAGGGAUGUGUGCGACACUCCGAAUACUGAAUGAAGGUUUUCUGGGAAAGUUCAUGGAACCAGAAGAUCUGAUGUACUGUAUGAGAAAUGUUCACACUCAGACUGAUUAUGAUGGAGGAAUAGGUGUGUGUGUGUGUGUGUGUGUGUGUUCUCACUUAAAGGAAAACUACAAUUGUAGUUAAAUUGCAUUAAACUUCACUAAUAAACCAUAUUUUCCUUAA